UGUCACAGGGCGCCCUCUUAAUCUAGUGACCGGAAGAGGACACAGAAUAUUCCAUCUCAUCCCAAGCAGGGGAAUCUUCUGCUGCAUCGCUAGCGAAGUCAUGCAGUCGCUCUCAAGAUUUCCUCCAAAUUAUACGAAGUCGUUGCACCUUACCAUACAGUAAAGAUUCAUUAGAAUUACAGCUGUCUGGCCACUCCGUUAAAUCUUUUAGCUGUGGCAAACGACAGCGGCACACAAGGUGGUUAGAAGCUCUCAGCGCAACGGUCAGCAUGACAUUUCUGUCUUCGGUCGUUCACCCAUCCGUUGCCCGAUCUGAAUGCAUAAUUAAUUAACCUGUACUUUCGAGCGACAACGCACGGCGGAUAAUCGUAUUGUAUUUAUAGCCUAUUUUCAUGCUGAACUUCUGAACGCUUCGUGUAAAGGCCUACAUUUGCUUGAGUAUACAGUUUUGCUUACGUGCGGUCGGACGUCUGCUCAGUGAUAGAGGUUCCAUCACAACAUUCUUUGAGCUAUAAAGCUAGCAUAACGAUUAUGAAGAGACGUACUGAUGAGUCUCUGUGUCACAUGACAAAUAAUAACGAUGCCCCACCGCCGUUGAAGAAACUGCCGCCAUCAAAACGUUGGAGUGAAUUGUACUUAAAAGACGACCACAAAUCACCAUCGCCUAUCAAAGGAGAGAUGUUUAAUCCACCAGAUAUGCUCAACAAAUACCCUUUUCCGGGGCAUCAUCAUCUUCCCCCACCACCCAUGCUAGUAAUGCCCGGAAUGCUACCCACCCCACUGAACGCUUCUGCGAGAGAGAGUCUCUUAAUUCGGACCUCAAGGGCUGGUAUUAACAGUUUUGAACCGGUGAUGACAAGCCUUGCAUCUUACAGUGGACUUUCAUCACCACGCGGGCACCACCCAACAACUGGCAUCCCAAGUCCUGCCACUCCGUACCUACCCUCACCAAUGAGAGGCAACAAAUAUGUGUGCUCUCCGUACUCUGUGAUUCCAAGUACCAGUGUAUCGCAUUUUCAAUUCCCACCACAAAUACCUUACCAAGCGCAGCCGUUUUUAAAGGAAACUGAACAGAAACCAGUAACACAGAGCUCCGAUACAGCAUCCUCAACAUCGUCGGGAAUGGAUAGUCAGGGGCAAAGUGAGGAAAGUAACUCGGACGUAGAAGAUGAAGAAUCAUUAAUGCUUUGUGGCAUCUGUAAUGAUCGUGCCACAGGACUUCAUUACGGCAUAAUUACUUGUGAGGGGUGCAAAGGGUUUUUUAAAAGGACAGUUCAGAACAAGCGUGUGUACACCUGUGUGGGAAGCGGGAAUUGUGAGAUUACAAAAGCACAACGAAACAGAUGUCAGUAUUGCAGAUUCCAAAAGUGUUUACAAAUGGGAAUGAUGUUGGAAGCUGUGAGAGAAGACCGUAUGCCUGGUGGAAGAAAUACUGGUCUAUCCUAUAAGAGUAAACCAAAGAAUUAUGACAAACUGCGAAAGAAGUUUCAGCUGAUGGCUCAACAGAAAGCGCAGUUAAAUCGGAAGAACCGUGCACAGAAGCAAGCCUUCAAAGCUGCGCGUGAAGCCAUCAAAGCUGAACGCGAUGCCAGUAAAUCAAAACAUUCAACAAGCCAUCAACCAUCUAACAAAUCCACCGCUGAGCUGCGCCAAUUGAGGCCGCAGACUGCACAACUUAUUGAGGUCUUGCAGCAAACAGAAUCCGCUCUUUCAAAACUGUCAAACAAAGAUCAACCAAGUACAGCAUUAAGUAACUUUAAUGACAAGGGUUUCGCAAAUCUUCUGUGUACUCUUGGGGAGGAUCUUGUGUAUCAACUGGUACAAUGGGUUAAACAUCUCCCUUUUUACACGCAACUGUCUGCAAUGGAACACACAUACAUGCUGAAAACCAAAUGGCAGGAACUUUUACUUAUGUGUACUGCAACACGUGCAAUGUAUUUUAAACAAAAUAGCGACGCAGAAAAGGGUCUAAGCUUUGAGUACUGCGUUCACACAAAUCUGAUAAGACUGCAAGAGUACAUGAACAAAACACUAGACUUGAAACUGGACAUGGAGAACUUCCAACAGGAAAUGGGUGAAGUGGUCGAGAAAUUAACAAAACUUGCUGCCGCAUUCAGGACAAUAAGCAUAACACGCAAUGAAUACCUGUUACUUAAAGUAAUUAUCCUGUUACACCAAGAUUCUUCAAACAAGGAAGAAAGCGUGCAAUCUGUUCAGACUCCGUACAUUCUAGCGCUCGAAGACUACACACGAGUCAAUUAUCAAGAGAAUCGGUUCGACGAUAUGAUGAGCUUGUUGCCUGAGUUGCGGAGUUGCUCAAAAAUGUUGUUACACAGUAAACUUAUUUAUAUGCCUUACCUUUUGAAUGCAAUGGCAAUGGCGAAGUCUUAAAGAGUGCUGCCAAGUCUUGGAGCAUGAGGGCAUAGCCGAGUCUUAGGGUGUUUAGUCUUGAAGUGUCUGUCUAAGUCUUGAAACAUUGUCACAGCUUACAGGGUGAAGCCAAUACUUAGAGGUUCUGGCUACCUCCUUGAAGUGUAAUAAUCUUAGAACAUAGUCAAGUUCUACAAGCUUUCUAAGUCUUAAAAGGCACUAGGCAAACUAAAUAGGGUGGGGCUGGGUCAAAACAUGGAAUGGUGGUCUAAUCAAUGAGGGCAUAGCUAAGUCAUGACUAAUGAAUAUUUCCACAAUUUGGAAAGGUCUCGCACAUGGGCUGCCAACUACAACUAUACUUACAAGUGUACUUGUGUUGCAGUUUGUGAGCUGGGUUAAAAUUACAUGAACAUAUAUAUACCAAUAUUCCAAAGAUAUUGUUAACAUGAUAAUUUCAUAAUGAUGAUGGAAAUAUUUUAGGCAUGGUAUUUAAAGAGUUUUGUAUGUCUUCUAAAACUGAUGUUACUGUAAUUUUUAUUAUGUAUACAGAAGCUGGUAUGGUGAUUCUUUAGUAAAUGUCCUUAAAGAAACCUCCAAUGUCACCCCUCCCAAAUAAGAUAUGAAAAUAUUUAUAGAGUUGAAACUGGUUUUGUUUUCCUUUUUUUUUUUUUUUUUUUUUUUAUCGAUGAUAGCUUUACCAAAAAGAUUAAUGUUAGAAGUUACAUGUUAUUGAAAAUUUAAAAUGUGUUUAUGUAAUUACAAAAAAAAAAUUAGUAUUACCUUGUUUAGUUCUUUUUUUUUUAAUUGUUAUCUUUGUGUCAGUUGGUUUUUAUUAUCAAUUGAGAUCCUUUUAUGUAAAUAAAGUAUACCAAUUGAUUAUUUUACCAUUCAAGCCAUGGGAAAAAUUGGAAACAGUGUUUCUGUUGAUAAUUUGUGUAAUUUGUAUACAAAGUAUUACAAAAUCUCAUAAGCAAGUGAUUGUAUAUAAUUAUUAAUUGUUAUGAGAUGAAACUAUGUGUGUAAAACUAAGCAACUGAUUUCUCGUCAGUCUAAACAUGAAGAAAUAAUAGGAAUUAAUCCAUAUUUCUGAUCAUUUCAUACUGAUAUGGAAGGAUAAAAACAAAUAUUAAUAAAUAUGUUCUGUAAAAUAUAAUAUUUAAAAAGUAAAUCCAUGUGAUGUUAAAGUAUGUCAUACUUUUUCAUAGAUAACUACAGUAUAUGUUUGUUAGAAGCUUGAUUAUAUUUUCCAUUCUUAUAUUAGAAAAUCUCUUUUUGUUUACACUAUUUUUUCUGUUGGUAUUGAAUGGGUUUGAUAGUAAUUUAAGGAGACAAGCAGCUAAUGGUUUCAAUGAGUCUGAUCCAAUAUGCAGCUUAAAUAAUCUGAUAGCUAUUAUAUCAUGCAACUGUGUUUAGCAACUUUUUUUGGAUUAACAUCCAAAGACUAAAAAAACAGCUGAUAUUUUUAUGAACAAAAAAUUGCUGAUUAUCCUCCCCCAUAUUGUCCCCACCAUUUGUAAUUCAUAAGUUUUAAGACAAAAGCAGCUAAUUAAAAACAGCAAGCUUUAUAAAAAAUAUUAUACAUACUGCAGCUGCUGAUUAUUGUACAGUGGAUAUUUAAUGUCUAACCUUAACAUUUUGUAGGACUGUCUUUUGGCCUCAGACUAUAUCUAAAUGAGCCAAUGAAGAGUGUAGCUCCUAGGCUGAGCUGCUUGCACCAACAAAAUAUGUAAAAAGUCAGAGACAGUCGCUAACAUGUUUUGUUUCUGUCAUUAAUUCUGUUGAAAUAAUCUUUGACUGUCAUAAAAUUAUGGCUAUUGAAUACUAUUUGAGUUCUCUUAUUUUUAUGAGUACAUAUUUAUUUAUUACUAUUAAUUAAUGUUAAUUUAGUAUAGAUGAUAAAUCUUUACUUUAACAGAAUUGGGGAUAGUUACUAUUGCUACAGACAUCUGGGUUGAAAUUGAGAUGAUUCUAAACAGAACUGUUGCAGCUGAUAAAGAAAUGUAGCGGUGAUGUGAGUUUAACGUAAAUGCCUUAAGGCCAAACUUUAAAAACAGUGUUUCUCAUGUUUUCCUAAAACUUGUUUGAGGUCUGGCUCCUAUUUUAUUUUCCACAAUUCCAAAGACCCAGAAAAUCAAACAAAAAUCACAUAAUACUUUUAAAGUCAAGAGUAUAGUGUAUAGAUAGGCCUACGUGUGCCUUUCAAGGUCUAGAUUAUGAUUAUAUGGUGGCCAUCUUCAUGAAUAGAAAAUACAGGGAUCAUCCUCAUUCUCUUUUCAUAAAACCUAGAAACAUUUGUUUUCAUUUAUUUAAACAUGAAAGAAUGUGCAAGAGAUCAGUCUGACUUUAUGUAUAGGAAUUUAAUGGGUGUGAUAUUUACUGUAUGUUGAGACAAUGAUUAGUGAUUAUGUUUGUGUAUCAGAUUGUCUAGAAAUUAUACAGAGCACAUUUUCAAAAAUUACCUGUACAUAUUAAUGUUGCACCAGAGUAUAAAUUUUUAGUAUUUAAUAACAUUAUCUUGUUAUGUUAUUGUUGUUUAUUUUCGUAAGGUAUGGUAUUUUCAUAAUUGUAUUACUAUGGUAUCUGUGUAUCAUUGAUCUUGCUUCUGUAAUUUAUUUAUCUAUACUCGUUUCAUGGUACCAUAUUUAUUCUGUUGCACAUUUAUAUGUUGACUGGGGGAUACUUUGUCAAGUAAUAUCCCUGUCUUUUCUGAGUUAAGUAUUGUUUUAUUUUUAUUUCCUUUGUAUUUUGUUAAAGUUGAUGAAGACUUGACACUUGAGGUUUUAAGCUAAUGCACUCUGAGUUAUUGUCCCAAAACAAACAAAAACUACAGAUUCUUAAAUAAAGUUUUUCCAGGUCAAUUGCGUUACCAGGUUCACCUCUGUCCUAAUAUCAUGCAUACUUCAAAUAUUAAACUAUUCAUAAGAGACAAAGAAUGCUCAUGUAACAGAUUUUAUUACGAUAACAUUUAUAUAUAUAUAUAUUUUAUGUAGUCCUAUAAACUUCCUGACUAAUCCAAAUUAUUAUUUGCUUAUGGUUGCAAAGGCAAAUUUGGAGACUUUGUCUGUCGCGUAUAUAUGACCAUAACUGUUUAAACAUUAACUUUUGAAAGGAUUCUGAACUGAACUAUAAACCCUGGUUAUUGGUAGUUCUGUGAAUAGCUCUCUCUGAGUAUCAUGCUUGUAGAUCGCUGUACUUUCAAUGUCAAUACGAAGCUUGUAAUUACAUAACUCUUGACUUUCAUAAGGCUCUUCAGUUCUACCACAGAUCAUGGAGGUAUACACAGAUCUAGGAUAUGGUCCUUUUUUUUUUUAACUUCAUUGCAAACCAAAUCAUUAGCAGUUGGUAGAUUAUACAGUAUAUGCUUUUCAGUGAGGUAAUUGAUCGCAAAAGGUGAAGGUUGCCUAUUACAUGGUAUGAACUUUUUUCCAUGUGGUUACAGUACUGGUUUUCCAAUAGUCUAUAUGCCCUAUAUAUUUUUUCCUCCACUGUUUGGGAUACUAUAUAGGAAAUGGUAAAGCUAGUAAGCUUAACUGUUAAGUAUGCUUCAUUGGUUCCCUUUGUUAGCUGUACUUUUCAGAAGUUAAUUCACCUCUGUAGCAGGAAAGAAAUAGAAAUCCGAAUGGCACUCCUAACUAAUUCGCGCAUUGUUCAAGUGGGUACCAUAACCAGGGCACUGGCAUUUGUAAGCCCAUGUUGAAAUUUAGUAAAAAGUUAAAUCAAAAGUUGAUCGUGUCCUACUUAACUGUUGCAUCAUGUAAAAGAACAACAGGAAGCCAGGUUGAUUAUUGGAGAUGUUGGGGGUGGGGGUGAUUUUGGAUUCAAAUACAGUAUUAGAUAUAGAAUGUUGAUGAGUACUUCUUUAUGAGUAAAAAAUUGUCUGGUUUUGAAUUUGAGACUCUUUGAUUACCUUUUCAAUACUGGAGCAACGACUACACCAAUCCAGAAUGCUCAUGUCGAGGUUUUUUCCAUAUAGAUAAGACAGUAUUUUUUUCUCCAAAGUACUGUACAGUAUUGCAUAAUUGGAAAAUUAAAUUAUAUUUAAUGUCGUUUUUAUAUAUAACUGUAAUAUAAUCUGUUACAUUUGGUUUAUUUAUUGUGUUGAUAAAUCAAUAGAAAAUAUUGAUGUACCAUUUUAAGGGAAAAUAUAACUACAAAGAAACAGUAAAGUUGAUAAAAUGGAUUUUUUUUGCUAAAUUCAGUGGUAAGUUUCAGAAGCCUAUGAAAGAAGGGGGAAGCAUCCAUCUCUUCUUAGUGCUUCAUAUAUACUUUAUCCAAUUUUUGUUCUGUAGGUUAGUUGCCAGCCCACAGCUUAACAAAAGUACCUCAUAAAAAUGUUUUAUGUGCAAAGAGAAUGUCAGUAAAGUAUGUGUCUGUAUUGUGAGAAUUUCGGUAGCUUUGAUGAUAGUAUUCAAAAUUAGCAGUUAAUUCAUUGUGUGAACAUGUUGCAAAAAAUAAAAAAGGUAUAAAAACGAAAACAUAAA